UAAAACUGUUUCACCGGAUGUAAGUUUAACUUAUACAAUUGUACAGGUAACUUAUACAGUUAACUGCUGCGUGCCACGUUGUUUGGAAAGUGACUUAGUUUUUCCCUGACUUACACGUGCUGCGAACUCGUUGUAACACGUCAUCACUAUACCGGCGUGCCGAAGCUAAAGUUCAUUGCUUCAGGCAACAAGCAGCUGAAUCGAGUACUGGUGUAAUCUUGACUGACAGCUUUAGUCUGAUAUAGCCAAUAUCAAUUUACGUUAUUUGAGAAAUAGCUGCAAAUACAGAAGAUUUGUUGUUUGUGCAAAGCUGUACCUUAGCUGUUGACCAUGAAAUAUAUUGUUUUUACCGUUUAUGUAUUAUUCUAUUUAUGUAAUGCGUCAGAAGCAGGCCCAGAAACAAAAAUAUCACUCAACGAAUUUAUAGAUGCAACACUUUCCUCAAAAUUUGAUGACAAUUUCUUUGGAGAAGAAAAAGAAGCAACAGCUUUAGCUAUUCUUGAAUAUUGCACAAAAGAAACUAACAUAGAUCCAGAAUAUCUUACUAAUGUAUUCUAUGAAGUCCUUGAAGUGGAAUCAAAAGAAGAGCUGGAGGGAAUCAAGUACAAAUUAGAAAAAGCUGUCGAUAUUAUGAACUUGGUGAUCAAACAUUUUCAAGGAGCACCUAACGAUGCUGGACGGCGGCCAUCGGAAAAAACUAAAGAAGAAAAACAGAAAGACGAAUUAUAAUUGCACAAAACGUUUUAUUAUUCAUAAAAGCACAACCAUCUAGUGUCCGUUUAUAAAUAGUAGCUGUUUUUUUUUUUUGUAUUUUGUACUGCUGUACCAACUGGCUUUCGCUCAUUAUUUCUACAUAACAUAUUUGUAAAAAGACUGAAAUAACUAGCGUUAACGGCGACAUGAAAAGAAUUUAAAUCCUAAGAGUUUAUUGGUAAAUAGCAUAUACUGUUGGAAGUAUAAUAAUAUAAUAAUCAUUUUUGUAGACCUCAAUUCAACCUCAUAUUUCCAAGUGCAGUGUAAUAAAUAAACAAACAAAAUGUA